AUGAGCACUCAUAUAAGCGGCAAACUGUUGGCCUCGGAAUCGGCGGCAAAAUAUCUGAUGAUUUUGCGAAACCCAAAAGACGUAUGCGUUUCGCUGUAUAACUAUUUCCCGGACUUGCGAGCGAUGGGCGACUUUCACCAGUUCUUCCCCCGAUGGUUGGCCGGCACCGACAUGUAUUACGGCCACUACUUCGCGACCGUACGCCACUUCUGGGAACAGCGCCACCACAACCAUCACAACAACUGCACGGUUCUGGUGUACGAGCACAUGGCGGCCGACCCCGAGCCUAACAUCAGGCAAAUCGCCCAAUUCCUGGGCCCAGAGUACGUGGACCGGCCGUGUCAGCUGUACCCAGUUCAUGGUACUGGUGCCCUAUCGCCGACCACUACUACAGUUCUCACACUUUUGGAGCAAAUCGUUCGGACGACCAGUUUUGAAGUCAUGAAACCCGUUGUGAACUCAACGCAAACCCGCCAUCGAAUGGCCAAUCAUUUACGGAAGGGUUCGGUCGGGAACUGGAGGUCAGUGUUGACCAGAGAUAAGAGUGAUUUAAUUGACCAGAGAGUAAGGGACGAGUGGAUGGGAACAGGUUUGGGGUCACUUUGGGAACGGGAGAUGAAGUGGCAAUAG